AUGCCAUUCGUCCCCGCUGCCCUACCCCGCUGCACUUUUUAUCUCCAAGUGCAUGCGGGCACUCGUCUCCGAAAUCUUCCUCUCCUAUCUCGUUCUUUUUCCUAUAACUAUUCCUCUGUCCAAGGAGUCAGACGAUCUCAUUCAUCGUCGAUUGAGUCCUCUUUAGUGAACGUCAAUUUUUCUCCUAUCAGCCCCGCCUUUCCGACUUUCCGAACGUUUUCCGGCUCAGCAAUGGCUGCCGCCAAGAUUGAUGGCACUGCCAUCGCGAAGAGCAUUCGCCAGGGGUUGAAGUCCGAGAUCGAGCAGAUUCAAGUGACCAACCCUAGAUUCAAGCCCAACCUAGUCAUCUUCCAGAUCGGCAGCCGAUCUGAUUCUAGUACCUAUGUGCGCAUGAAGCUGAAGGCCGCCCAGGAGGCCAACAUCAUCUGCACCUUGAUCAACGUUCCCGAAUCGAGCACGGAGCUGCAGGUCAUCCAAGAGAUCACCAGAGCCAACAAUGACCCCACGAUCCACGGAAUCCUCGUUCAAUUGCCUCUCCCAAAUCACAUGUCUGAGCAUGCAAUCACAUCCGCCGUUGCAGACGAGAAGGAUGUCGAUGGGUUCGGCGCAAUCAAUAUCGGCGAGUUGGCCAAGCGAGGCGGUCGUCCGCUGUUCACUCCCUGCACCCCUCUGGCGGUGAUGGAACUACUCAAGGCAAGCGGUGUAGACCCCGCCGGCAAGGAGGCAGUCGUCCUGGGACGUAGCGACAUCGUCGGUAGCCCAGUCAGCUAUUUGCUCAAGAACGCGGAUGCUACCGUUACUGUCUGCCACUCAAAGACACCGGAUAUUGCCCGUAUUGUGAAGAACGCUGACAUUGUUGUGGCGGCCAUUGGCCAGACUGAGCUUGUGAAGGGUGACUGGUUGAAGCCCGGUGCUGUGGUCAUUGAUGUUGGUAUCAACUACAAGCCUGAUGCGACCAAGAAGUCCGGUGAGCGACUGGUCGGCGAUGUGGAGUUUGAGUCCGCUUCCCAGGUGGCCUCACAGAUCACCCCCGUCCCCGGUGGUGUUGGUCCCAUGACAGUGGCCAUGUUGUUGAAGAACGUGGUUCAUUCUGCCAAGGGCUACUUCGAGAAACAGAAGGACCGCCACGUCACUCCUCUUCCCAUUCGCCUACAGACCCCUGUGCCUUCCGAUAUUGCCAUCUCGCGGGCCCAGUACCCCAAGCCCAUCACCCAGGUUGCCACUGAGGUCGGCAUUGCCCCUCAUGAGUUGGAGCCCUACGGCCACACCAAGGCCAAGAUCAGCCUCGGUGUGCUGGACCGCCUCUCCCACCGCCGCAACGGAAGAUACAUCUUGGUCUGCGGUAUCACACCCACCCCUCUUGGUGAGGGCAAGUCCACCACCACAUUAGGUCUCACUCAAGCACUUGCCAAGGACCUACCUUCGGCAUCAAGGGGUGGCGCCGCUGGUGGAGGCUAUAGUCAAGUUAUUCCCAUGGACGAGUUCAACCUCCACCUUACUGGAGACAUUCACGCCAUCACCGCUGCGAACAACCUUCUCGCUGCGGCCAUUGAGACUCGCAUGUUCCACGAAUCCACCCAGAGAGACGGACCUCUUUACAAGCGUCUUGUCCCUGUCAACAAGGGCACACGUGAAUUCAAGCCCAUCAUGUUCCGACGUCUGAAGAAGCUAGGUAUCGAGAAGACUAACCCAGACGAUCUUACCGAGGAGGAAAUUACCCGCUUUGCCCGCCUAGAUAUCGACCCAGACACCAUCACUUGGCGCCGCGUUCUCGAUGUCAAUGACCGUCACCUGCGUGGUAUCACCGUCGGCGUGGCCCCUACUGAGAAGGGUCUGUCUCGCGAGACUGGCUUCGAUAUUUCCGUCGCUAGUGAGUGUAUGGCCAUUCUUGCCCUGAGCAACGACUUGGAGGAUAUGCGUGAGCGACUGGGUCGUAUGGUGGUUGCCACUUCUAGAAACGGCGACCCCGUGACUUGCGACGACAUUGGUGCCGGUGGUGCUCUUGCCGCCUUGAUGAAGGAUGCCAUUAAGCCAAACUUGAUGCAGAGUUUGGAAGGCACUCCUGUGAUGGUGCACGCUGGUCCCUUUGCUAACAUCAGUAUUGGCGCCAGCUCUGCCAUCGCUGAUAAGCUUGCCCUCAAGCUUGCCGGUACUGAGCCUGAUGAGGAUCAUGAAGCCAAGACCGGUUUCGUGGUCACUGAGGCUGGAUUUGACUUCACCAUGGGUGGUGAGCGCUUCUUUAACAUCAAGUGCCGCUCCUCUGGUCUGGUUCCGGACACUGUCGUUAUUGUGGCUACUGUCCGUGCGUUGAAGGUUCACGGCGGCGGCCCCGAGAUUAAGCCCGGUGCCCCUCUCCAGGAGGUCUACCGCACCGAGAAUGUAGAUGUUCUCCGCAAGGGUUGUGUUAACCUGCGGAAGCACAUCGCCAACGCCAAGCAGUACGGCGUCCCGGUUGUCGUCGCGAUCAACAAGUUCGAGACUGACACCGAUGCCGAGAUUGCUGUCAUCAAGGAGGAGGCGAUCGCUGCUGGUGCCGAGGAUGCUGUCCCUGCCAACCAUUGGGCUGAGGGUGGAGCUGGCGCCGUUGAUCUGGCCAAGGCUGUCAUGACCGCUAGCUCUAAAGAGAAGGACUUCAAGCUUCUCUACGGACUGGAUGGAACCAUCCAGGAGCGCAUCGAGCGCAUCGGCCAGGCCAUGUAUGGUGCCGAGAAGGUCGAGUUCAGUGAAUUGGCCCAGAAGAAGGUCGACACCUACACCAAGCAAGGGUUCUCUAACCUGCCAAUCUGUAUCGCCAAGACUCAGUACUCACUCAGUCACGACCCAGCCCUUAAGGGCGCCCCCACCGGCUUCACUGUGCCGAUUCGGGAUGUUCGAUUGGCUGUGGGUGCUGGAUACCUCUACGCUCUGGCUGCCGACAUUCAGACCAUUCCCGGACUGCCCACUGCCCCCGGCUACCUCAAUGUGGACAUCGACACCGAGACUGGUGAUAUCGGUGGGCUGUUCUAGAUUACGAUAUAGAUAGGGAGAUAUUUGGAGCUUGCAUAUACCAUUGUUCAGAAUUUCGAUUUUAUUUUUCAACACAUAC